GGGAGAUGAAGAAGGACAAGAUGAAGAUGAGGAGGAAGAGGGAGGAGAUUAACUUAGUGUGAAUUCACACGUUUGAAAGAUGUCAUCAGGUGCAAGAUUCAAGAAAGUUCGUAAACUACAUGGGGGUACUUCAGCGAAUUCAGUGCCAUCCACUACUAGAAGUGCAUCAAAAGACAAUACAUCUUCAAGUUCAUUUCCACCAACAUCAGUUACAAAAUUUUCACGUCCUUCAGGUUCGAAUUCAAUAUCUGUAACAUCAGGAAGACGUGGCAAUCCACAUGAUUUUGACGCACCAACACCAAAUUUCGAGGGAUCUGAACCUUAUUAUGAUGAAGCAUCAACCUCGAUUCCUGGAACUGUUUUCAAGAAAAAUGGCCGUGGUGUUGGUAGAGGGCUAAAUUUGGACAAAAUAGUGAAGCAGACUGGAAAGAUGAAGAUCAUGUUCAAUCCUCGUGAAAAAAUACCCGCUCAAAAUGAGGAAAAAUUUUCUGAGGGUAUAGGAAUCGCUGUUAGAACAUGUGCAGAGCUUGAAGGAGUUUCUAUGUGGAGGCAAAUUCCAGAAACAAAUAAAGAAGUCUGUCUUAGAAGAUUAUUGCAAUGGUUCGAAAUUGAGGAUUUGACAUCUGAGCGUGUCCGAAGUAUUGUAGAUGGAAUGUUCCAAAAUGCCUAUAGACAUUGGAGGAAUAGAUUGAGUGAAUGCUUUAACAAACUUAUAGAUGAGGGAAAAAAUCCUAGGGAAAUGAGUCCACGGGAGGAAGUUCCUAUAGCAAAGUGGCUUGCAGUGUGUGACUGGCUCGAGACUGAUGAAUUUAAGGAGAGAUCAACUACCAACGUAAAUAAUAAAGAUAAAAUGCUUUUCAGCCACACUUCCGGGAAGAUCAGAUACCUUUCUCGCUAUAGAAAGAUGGUAUGUAAUUUUUUUUUGUCAGAUUAUACUAUUCAUUUAUGCGAUGACAAAAUACUAUACUAUUCACUUUUGCAUUCUAAACAGGAAAAUCCAAACAAGAUUGAGCUAUGGAGAAAAACUCAUGUGGACAAAGCUGGUCAAUUUGUUAAUUCUGAUGCGGCAUCUGCUUUUAAAAAAAUGAUGGAAUUAGAAGAAGCUUCGUCGGAAGACGCAGAAAAUGUCAUGUCAGAGGAUCAAAUCCUAGUAACAACACUUGGUUAUAGAUCUGGAUACCAAAAAGGUAUGGGAUAUGGGGUAGAAGUUCGUAGCAGACGUAAAUAUUCGUCAAAUACACGAGAAAGUGAAAGUGAGCUUCAAAGCGCAAGGAGCAUAAUUGGUACCCUCACUACAGAAUUAGCAGAGCAAAAGGAGAAAAACAAGAGCUAUGAAGAAAAAAUAGAGACUUUGCAAGUACAAAUGCAAGAAAUGCAACAAUUCUUUCUAAAAAUGCAAGGAAAUAACACUACGCAAAGUUCUUUAUGAAUGAUGGUCAUGGUCCAUGCUUUUGACUUUUGAAGACUGAUGUUGGUUGGUACUGUGUUUUUGUGUGAAGGUUGAUCAUGUCGGAUAUUUUCUUGUCGUAGUUAUUAUGCAGUUCAAGACUUUUUGUAAGCGAUAGUAUCGAAAAUAGCUUUUGAGUGUAAACUAGAAUGUGAGGUUUUUUGUAAGUGUGACUGUGUGAUAGUACUACUACAUAUUGCAAUAUAAGUAUUUUUUUUUUUAUUUCAGAA